CAGCGGUCUAUAAUUUUGGUCAAGACUGAAUUUUGACUCCUAUGUAUGUUUUGUUCACAAACUCUUAUGUUCAUGAUUCAUAAGAUUAGAGAGGCAACGUGAAGUUUACUCCUGUCCUUCAGCAAGCCAAGCCAUAUAUGUUUUCCUGAAAAACUAGCCUCCCAAUUCUAAAAUCACGGCAAGCCCGACCAUCUCUCUCGCUCUCAAUUACGUUGCUGGAAGGACAGUUACCAAGCAACCAAACAAGUGAUCGUUUAUGGUCAUUCUUAUUCUGUUUCCUGCUUCUUUCUGUUCAUUGCGACAUGCCGACAUCUAAACCCUUAUGCUGGUAUCUACUUUGUGCCGGUCUUUGUUUGCUUUCAAUCGUUUACCUUAACAGGGCUGGGGUUUGAUUGACUGUGAGCAUUGAUAAACACAAGAAGUUGGUGAUGAAUUGUUUCUCUUUCUGUUCUAGUAAAAAAGGGGCUUCCUCGGGUAAACAAGCAAUUGAAGGUGAUGGAGAGCUUUCAAGCAUCAAGAAUAUUAACUUGUACACUUACAAGGAAUUGCGGGUUGCAACCGAUAAUUUCAGUCUAGCAAAUAAAAUCGGGGAGGGAGGAUUCGGUUUGGUUUAUAAGGGAAGGCUAAAAAAUGGUCGUGUGGCUGCUAUAAAGGUAUUGUCAGCUGGCUCAAAGCAAGGGGUGCGAGAGUUCUUGACAGAAAUAAAGGUGAUCUCAGAAGUAGAGCACGAGAACCUGGUCAAGCUGUAUGGUUGCUGUGUGGAAGGAAACCAUAGGAUUUUGGUAUAUGGCUAUCUCGAGAAUAACAGCCUUGCAAAAACACUUCUUGGUGGAGGCCACAGUAGCAUCCAAUUCAGUUGGCAAACACGGCAUACAAUUUGUGUUGGUGUUGCUCGAGGGCUUGCAUAUCUUCAUGGAGACGUCCACCCUCAUGUUAUUCAUAGAGACAUCAAAGCGAGUAAUGUUCUCCUUGAUAAAGACCUAACGCCCAAAAUUUCAGAUUUUGGUCUUGCAAAGUUCAUUCCACCUAACCUGACCCAUAUUAGUACACAUGUAGCUGGAACAGCAGGUUAUCUGGCACCUGAAUAUGCAAUGCGUGGUCAAGUGACAAGGAAAUCGGAUGUUUAUAGCUUUGGUGUUCUGCUCUUAGAAAUUGUUAGUGGGAGGUGCAACACAAACAGGCGGUUACCAACUGAAGAACAAUAUCUACUGGAAAGGGCAUGGGAACUGCAUAAGAAGGGGGAGCUGCCGAGAUUGGUGGACACAUCACUGAAUGAGGAGUCCAACGUUGAGGAGGCUUGCAGCUUUCUGAAGAUUGGUCUUCUUUGCACCCAAGACAUGCCAAAGCUCCGACCAUCCAUGUCCACUGUUGUGAGAAUGCUACUGGGCGAAAUACAUGUAAAUGAUGAGGAGAUAACAAAACCAGGCAUACUUUCUCAGUUCUUGGAUUCAGAAGACAUCAGAGGCCAGGAAUAUAAGGCCAAAAUGAAGAAUACAUCUUGUGCAACAUCUUCACGUUUAGGGAAGCUGGAUAAUUCAUCUUCAUCAUCAGAAGACAUGACUGCCUCUGUUGCUACUAUGACCUUCGCUUCAAUAUAUGACCGAAGCAAAUAAGUAGAGUAGAAGUUUUGUUAGGCAUUGUUUGGAAAGCGCUUUCAGGCUUCUUGUCUUGAUUUAGUUUGAGCUAAAAUCAUUAUAAAUGUUGCUUUCUAAACAAAUUAAAGUACUUUCAAAGUGCCAACUAAGCAAAUUUCUUCAUGUGACUUCCAGUUGGGUAAAUCUAACAUCAACUACAUUAUUUUCCUUCUUUA